AUGCAACCGUGGCACAGGGCAAAUGCCCGUUGUGGAAAACAGCAAAUUCCACCAAUUUCAAUAAGCAAGUGGUGCAGGUGUAUAGCAGGCUCAGAUUGUGCUGCCAGCUCUGUAGCGAGCAUUGAUUGUGCCUCAGGCAAUGGUGACCAUUGCCUUGCCCAUCUGUGCGACAGCUCGUGGACUAACAAGCUGAUCGGCGCCAAGGACCAUGGCAGCAUCCAGAUCAACAUUGGGCACCUUGACUCCGACGGAGUGUACACGACCCAGUUCACAACUUUUGCCAUCUCUGGGACUGUGCGUGGGCGGGGUGAGGCUGACUCGGCCAUCGAUCUGUUGUGGGCCAAGAAGAAGAUGGAGCUCGAGUCGUGA